CCAGAGCAGUUCGCUCUCGCACCAGCCCACCUCCAGGCCGAGCAAGCAAAGCCGUCCGAGAGGAGCAGAGCAGCGAUGGCCGCCGCCGCCGCCGGGACAGGAGGCCAGGCCCUCGGCCGGAGCAGCUUCUCGCGCGCCGCCUCGUCACAGACCGCCUCCUCCUCCUCCACCGCCUCCGGCGUCAAGCUUGGCCCUAACGGCGCCGCCUUCGUGUCCUCCGGCAUCCCUGACCUCGACAGGAUUCUGGGUGGGGGUUUCCUCCUUGGUUCGGUCGUGAUGGUCAUGGAGGACUCCGACGCACCGCACCACCUCCUUCUUCUCAGGAACUUCAUGGCGCAGGGCGUCGUGCACAAACAACCCCUGCUCUUUGCUGGGCCUAUGAAGGAGCCCCGCGCGUUCCUUGGUGCGCUGCCUGCUCCUGUUGCCUCCUCGAAGGAGGAUGCACGGCAGAGAGCGAUUGGGCCUGGAGCAACUAGCGAUGGACGAGCAAGCGAUGAAGGUUUGAGGAUAGCUUGGCAGUACAGGAAAUAUUUUGGGGAAGAGAAGACUUCUCAUGCUCAACACAGAGACAACAAGCAGGAGUUUAGCAAUGAUUUUGAUUUACGGAAGCCAUUGGAGCGGCAUUUACUUAAUGCACAGCAUAUUGAAUGUUUAAGCACUCAAGAUGUAGACAAUCUCAGUGACCUCCAGGAUCGUUGUUCCACUUUCUUAUCCAAACUUCCAAGAAAAGAUGGCGGUACUCUGAAUGCUGGACAGAUUGCUAUACAGUCACUCUGUGCACCACAGUGUGGCUAUUUUGGGAAGGACUGGGACAUGGUCUCGUUUAUCAGAUCACUGAAAUCCAUGGUGCGCUCAUCUAACGCUGUUGCUGUUAUAACAUUUCCAUACACAGUCCUAUCAAAUUCCUUCUGCAAGAGAUGGCAGCAUCUGGCAGACACGUUGCUGUCGAUAAAAGCAAUUCCAGAUGAGGACAAGGACUUGGCAAAACUCCUCACGGGGUAUCAGGAUAUGGUUGGUUUUCUGCAUGUUCAUAAGGUGGCACAGACUAACAGCCAGGUUCCUGUGAUACUGGAAGCAUCCACAUUUUCUCUGAAGCUGCGAAAGAGGAGGUCACUGGUGCUAGAACGGUUGAAUCAGGCUCCGGUGGAUGGGUCGAGCGGCCCUUCAUCUGGAUCAUCAGGGAGUUGCUCCUCGUCGGUGCAAGGCUCUCAGCUUGAUUUCUAGUUCAUACGCUGGAGCUGGUAUUUGAGGAUAGUUGGAAGCAUCCAGUGAAGCAUGGCUAGCUGAGAAGGCUCUUGGUUGUUGUGUUAAUUUGAUAGUCACAGCUUUAGAGGUUUAGGUCUUUACAGCUUAAUUUCUGUAUUGCUGAUGACAAGAUAAUUUAUGUAUUCGGUUUUAGUGUAUACCACUUUUAAAACUCGUGUAUUCCAAAAGGUUUAGAUUGUACAUGAUAUAAAUGCCUAAUUGCUGAUGACAACAUAUUUAACUGAGUUCUAUAUUUCCGA